AUGUAUGCAGCAGUGGAACAUGGGCCUGUUCUUUGCAGCGAUUCCAACAUCCUCUGCCUCUCCUGGAAAGGUAGAGUCCCCAAAAGUGAGAAGGAGAAACCAGUGUGCAGGAGGCGGUACUACGAGGAAGGCUGGUUGGCAACAGGCAAUGGCAGAGGAGUUGUAGGCGUCACUUUUACUUCCAGCCAUUGCAGGAGGGACCGGAAUACCCCUCAGAGAAUCAACUUCAAUUUAAGGGGCCACAACAGUGAGGUUGUGCUGGUGAGAUGGAACGAGCCAUUCCAGAAAUUAGCAACCUGUGAUGCAGAUGGAGGAAUAUUUGUUUGGAUACAAUAUGAAGGCAGAUGGUCUGUGGAGCUUGUGAAUGAUCGGGGGGCACAGGUAAGCGACUUCACGUGGAGCCAUGAUGGGACUCAAGCCCUUAUCUCCUAUAGAGAUGGAUUUGUUCUGGUUGGUUCAGUCAGUGGACAAAGACACUGGUCUUCAGAAAUAAACUUGGAGAGUCAGAUCACCUGUGGCAUAUGGACUCCUGAUGACCAACAGGUACUGUUUGGCACUGCUGAUGGACAGGUUAUUGUCAUGGACUGCCAUGGCCGAAUGCUCGCCCACGUGCUCCUUCAUGAAUCAGAUGGCAUCCUCAGCAUGUCCUGGAACUACCCCAGCUUCCUGGUGGAGGACAGCAGCGAGAGCGACACGGACUCUGACGACUAUUCCCCACCACAAGAUGGACCAGCUGCAUAUCCCGUCCCAGUGCAGAACACCAAGCCACUACUCACUGUCAGCUUCACGUCGGGAGACAUCAGUUUAAUGAACAAUUAUGACGACUUGACUCCUACUAUCAUCCGCUCAGGGUUGAAAGAUGUGGUUGUGCAGUGGUGUACACAAGGAGACCUACUUGCAGUAGCAGGCAUGGAGAAGCAAAGCCAGCUAGUUGACCUCAGCAAUGGUUCCCUGUUGAAAAGUGCACUUGUCAAGUUCUACAAUGUGCGUGGGGAACAUAUCUACACUCUGGAGACACCUGUGCAGCGGCCCAUCAUCUCCAUCUGUUGGGGUCACAGGGACUCACGCCUGCUGAUGGCUUCUGGCCCUGCGCUGUACGUUGUCAGAGUGGAGCACAGGGUCUCCAGCCUGCAGCUGCUGUGCCAGCAGAGCAUCGCCAGCUGUCUGCGGGAUGACAAGGAGAUCAGCAAACUGACUCUGCCCCCUCGGCUCUGCUCGUACCUCACCACUGCCUUUAUACCAACAAUCAAGCCUCCUAUCCCAGACCCAAACAAUAUGAGAGAUUUUGUCAGCUACCCAACAGCUGGCAAUGAACGGCUUCACUGCACGAUGAAGCGAACAGAAGAUGAUCCAGAGGUCGGUGGUCCAUGUUAUACCCUGUACCUGGAAUACCUUGGGGGACUGGUGCCUAUCCUGAAAGGACGUCGUAUCAGCAAGUUGCGGCCAGAGUUUGUCAUCAUGGAUCCUAAGACAGAUGGAAAAGCAGAUGAAAUCUAUGGAAACAGCUUGAUUUCCACUGUGAUUGACAGCUGCAACUGCUCAGACUCCAGCGAUAUAGAACUGAGUGAUGACUGGGCAGCAAAGAAAUCUCCCAAAAUCAGUCGAGCUAGCAAAUCACCCAAACUCCCCAGAAUCAAUAUAGAAGCUCGGAAAUCUCCAAAGAUGUCGAGAGCUGCGCAGGAGAUAUCAAGAUCGCCAAGGUUACCAAUAAGGAAACCUUCUAUUGGUUCACCAAGCCUAACCAGAAGAGAGUUUCCUUUAGAAGAUAUUACUCAGCACAACUACCUUGCUCAGGUCACAUCUAAUAUCUGGGGAACAAAAUUUAAAAUUGUGGGUUUGGCUGCUUUCCUACCAACUAACCUUGGUGCAGUAAUAUAUAAAACCAGCUUGCUGCACCUUCAGCCCAGACAGAUGACAAUAUAUCUCCCAGAAGUGCGGAAGAUUUCGAUGGACUACAUUAACCUGCCUGUCUUUAAUCCAAAUGUUUUCAGUGAAGAUGAAGAUGAUUUACCAGUGCCCGGCGCCCCCGGGGCCCCCACCAGCAGUCCGCCCUGCACCGUCAACAUCCCCAUUGCGCCCAUCCACAGCUCGGCCCAGGCCAUGUCGCCCACGCAGAGCAUCGGCCUGGUGCAGUCGCUGCUGGCCAACCAGAACGUGCAGCUGGAUGUGCUGGCCAACCCGCCGCCCGGCAGCUCGGCCACCUUGCGCAUCACCGCCGCCGAGAAGAAGAUGCAGCAGCCCUGCAGCAGCGCCACGCUGAACCGGCUGACGGUGCCCCGCUACUCCAUCCCCAGCGGGGACCCGCCGCCCUACCCCGACAUCUCCAGCCAGCUGUCCCAGGGCAGAAGCAUCACGCAGAGGCUGGACAGCAGUAUCAUCCAUGCGACUCUGCGAAGGAACAGCAGAGAGGCAGCCUUGAAGAUGGCUCAGCUGGUGGAUGGUCAGAGAGCCACCUUGCAGCUUCCCCUGAAGGCCAAGAGCGGCGCUGUGACGGCGCAGUACCAGCAGCGAGUGCCCACCGCCCUGUACACCUGCAGCCAGUGCAGCAGCAGCGGCAGUAGCAGCAGCACAAGCGCCGGUGGUGUGGGCAGCAUCGCUAGUGCCAAUGCUAGUAGCAGCACUUCCAGUAUUGGUGGCAUGAGACCUGAUCUGAGCACGGGCAGUGGCUCCCAGCACAGCUCCGUCAUCGCUCACUCUGUCAGUACUUCACCUCUGGCCUCCCAGUCCUCCUACAGCUUGCUGAGCCCACCUGACAAUUCCCGUGACCGAGCAGAUUACAUCAACUCUGCCUUCACGGAAGAUGAGGCCCUAUCUCAGCACUGCCCAGUGGAGAAAUCAAUACGGCAUGUACCUGUGGCCAUGGCAGAGGCUGCCCUCAGUGUCAAACGGCCACCACCAUACCAGUGGGACCCUAUAGUGAAUGAAGAGAUAUGGGUUCCUCAGGAAAGGACAUCUCAGAACUCAAUGCCCAACCCUCUAAAACCCACUCCUCUCAUCAUUGGUCAAGCUCAACAUCUGGAUAUGUCUCGAGUGCCGUUUGUUUCCCCCAAGUCUCCAACCAGUCCCACUGCCACUUUCCAGACGAGUUAUGGGGUUGGAGUACCUUACCCAGGAAGCUACAAUGCCCCUCCCCUUCAGGGAAUGCAGCCCCCCUGUUCCCCCAAAGAAGCUCUGGCCCCAACGCAGUUUGCACAGCAGGAGCCCACAGUUGUACUUCAGCCAGGUUAUCCAUCCAACCUCUCCUAUUGCCCCUUGCCACCCAUGUACCCAGGAAGCAGCGCCUGCUCUAGUUUACAGCUGCCACCAAUCGCUUUGCACCCAUGGAGCUCCUACAGCACCUGCCCACCUGUACAGAACCCCCAGGGCACAUUGCCCCCCAAGCCGCUCCUUGUGGUGGAGAAGCCGGUGAUGUCUCCUCCGCCGCCAGAGCUGCAGGGCCACGUGGGCACAGAGGUGAUGGUGGAGACAGCAGACACCUUCCAGGAGGUGCUCUCCUUGACGGAAAGCCCCGUUCCUCAAAGGACGGACAAAUUUGGCAAGAAGAGCCGGAAGCGCCUGGACAGUCGAGCUGAGGAAGGAAACGUGCAGGCCAUCACCGAGGGCAAGGUCAAAAAGGAGGCAAGGACACUGACCGACUUCAACUCGCUAAUAUCCAGCCCUCGGCUGGGGAGAGAGAAGAAGAAAGUCAAGAGUCAGAAAGAUCAGCUAAAGUCCAAGAAGCUAAACAAGACGAGUGAGUUUCAGGACAGUUCAGAGAGCGAGCCAGAGCUUUUUAUCAGUGGGGAUGAACUGAUGAACCAAAGCCAGGGCAGCAAAAAGGGUUGGAAAACAAAAAGGAGUUUAAGGACAUCCAGUGAGCUGGAUGAAUUCAAGUGCCGAAAGGCCAGUGAGAAGGAGGACGGGAGACUGGGGAGCCAGGGCUUUGUGUAUGUGAUGGCCAACAAGCAGCCACUGUGGAAUGAGGCAACACAAGUUUACCAGCUGGACUUCGGAGGGCGGGUGACUCAGGAGUCAGCAAAAAACUUCCAGAUUGAGCUGGAAGGACGACAGGUGAUGCAGUUUGGAAGGAUUGAUGGCAAUGCUUACAUUUUGGACUUUCAGUAUCCAUUUUCAGCAGUGCAAGCCUUUGCUGUUGCUCUGGCUAAUGUGACUCAACGCCUCAAAUGAACAAGCAGAGACUGAAGAGAGGAAAAUGCUAACCUUCUCAUAAAGUCCAAACCAGAAAAUGUCAGGGCAGCCUGCUUUAGGUUUGCGGAGGUGCCUGGGAGCGAAGGAGGCAGUAAAACUGGAAAAGUCUCUUGGUGCCCAACAGAAGGGCAUUAACUCUAAUCAGUCAUGGGGUUGGAGGGUGGGGGGCUGUUUUCUGUUUUGUUUGUUUGUUUGUUUUCAGGUGUUUCUUUUCUUUUUAACCGUUGUGGUGGGUCUCAGAAAGAUUGAAGGGUUGAGAGCCAUUCAGUGUUACGUGGAGAAGUGUGGCUUUUGGCUUGUUGUGGUGGUUCUGCUGUGUUUGCUACAGUAGCUGAUGUAAGCUCAUAGGGGGAUUAAAGACUGCUCUUUUUGAUAGACUGCCUUUUAUCAUGCUGUUCUUUUUAAAACGGGGAACAUAACUUUUUUCUGGUCCAGUUUGUACUACUACUACUUCAACAUCAGUGAUAGCAGCAAAAAAAAA